ACCAGCCUAUGUUAAGAAUGGAAGACAGGACCACAUCUACCACAGGAGACAAGAAAAUGACCCGAUGGACAACCAAGGUCUGGAGGUUGAAUAUGACCGAGACAACGCAGACAAAGAAGAUGUAGGAGGUGACGAAGAAAGCAACCAACCCUCGGACGAAGGAGACGAGAAGGGUGAAGCUGCAGGGGAUACACUACCAAGACCAGACACCGUUCUAGAUGAUGGUCCAAAGGAGGAGAAGGUGGAGGAUCGCCGUAGGACAGAAUCGAAGGGGAAGCUGACUUUCAAAGGAGUGGCUCCUGAUGGUGAUCCAAUUGCACGAUUCCAUUGGAACCGCAAGAACCCUGGAGCUGAGCAGGUGGUGCCUCCGGUUGGUUUGGCUCCAGGGAAGUGCACACCGAAGACUAACAUCACCUUCCUCAAGGUCCAUAAGACGGGUAGCAGUACGGUGCAGAAUAUAUUCCUUCGGUACGGUGACCAACACUCCUUGAGCUUUGUUCUCCCGGUGCAGGGCCAUCACCUCGGGUAUCCAAAUUUCUUUGAGAAAAAGCACAUGCUCAAGGUUAAGAAUGAUGUCUACAACAUCUACUGUCAUCAUUCCCGCUUCAGCAACGAUGUCCGUGAGGUCAUGCCGCCAAAUUCCGUCUUCAUCAGCAUCCUUCGCGACCCGGUCAAGGUUUUUGAGAGUGCUUUCACCUACUUCAAGCUCGACAUGCGGAUGAAGAUGGCUGGCAACAAGGAUGCGAUGAAACUCUUCAUGGACAACCCGAACAAGUUCUACAACGACUUUCCCAACAAGAUACACUCACGGAACGGGAUGCUCUAUGACUUUGGUGUUCAGCUGUCGCAAUUUGAUGACCUAACGUUUAUCAGUCGUGCAAUAUCCAUGAUAAACGAUCAGUUCCAUUUGAUCAUGAUUGCGGAGUAUUUUGACGAGUCUUUGAUCCUCCUGAAAGAGCUUCUUUGUUGGAAGAUGGAAGAUGUGAUAGUUUUCAGCCAAAACGCAAGAAACGUUGAUUCGGUGCAGUCUGUCGACAUUGACAUGCGCACUAAAAUCCAGUCAUGGAACUCUGGCGAUAUGCUCCUUUAUAACUACUUCAACAAAACGCUGUGGGAAAAAAUUGAGAGGUAUGGUCAUGAGCGGAUGAAGCGGGACAAAGCAGAGUUAGAAAGGAAAACCAAGUCUCUUUUUGAUCAUUGUAUUUCAACAAGUACUGCCCCAAGAGAAAAGGGGGAUUUUAAGGUUUGGCAGCCUCCGGGCGUCAACAUCAAUGCCUUUGUCUUGCGCCCCGAGGCCAAGGGAAAUAAACUAUGUGAGAUUAUGAUUAAACCUGAAAUACAAUAUACCAUGGAGCUGAAAGUGAAACAGUUCCCGGAAAUGAACUUUAAUACUAGGGUUAAGAAUAAACGAGUCCCGUCCAACAUGAUGGGGGGAUUCAAAAGAUCUUGAUAGAAUUGUACAUUGUGCUCUCCUUUUGCGCAUAUUGUGUGAGACAACCAAAAACAAAAAAACACCAAGAACAAUGUAAAGGCACUUUGUCAAAACUAAGAGCCACUUUUUUUCCUGCAGGAAUUCAGCAAGCAGCUUCUCAUUUUAAUAUCAAUCAUCGCAUUUCAUUAUAUAGACAAUGAAAUGGGGAAUGGAUGAAAGCUGCAGUGAAAAAAAAAUGCAUAGGGGGAUUCCUGCUAUUAAUGACGUGGCACAGUCUUGACAAUGUGUCUCAUGGUACAAGCUACAUGUACAUGUAUGUACACUGUAUUUGUAUGAUGGGGUGACUGUAAUUUGCACACAUUAAAAAAAUUAUGAAGUUGAUUUUCAAUCAAAAAUUUCUCACAGUUCACACAAAAUUAAUCAAAAUCAUUAAUACCAGACAGAAGGUAAGAUCCCAAAGUUAAAUUCGCUUGACGGAAUUAUAAAGUAGGUCAGGGUUCUCGCUGGUAUCACAAUCUCAAAAUUCCUUGGCAAUCCACUAUUGCGCUCGGCUAAAAAAGUGUCAUUAAAAAGUGUGGCCUUAUUUUGCGCACGAUCGUUUUGCAAAGCUUUAGAAAUGAAAUCAAGCAGACAAAGGUACAUGUAAGAUAACUAUAUCAGAUUGAGGUUAAAAUGCCAUAAAUUCGGUUGGUAUCACAUUUUACUCAUUUGGAGACCUCAGCUUGCACACUGGCGAUUUCUUGAUGCUUUCCGAGAAGAUUGGAUCUUCUCGGAGCGGACACAAAAAGGUAACAAAAUUUGCUGAUGUUUUGCCAAUAUUUUUACAAAUUGAGUCCUUACCUUUUAGAAAAUUACCAUACUGAGUAAGUUUGGGUCGCUUUUUCUGUUGGUGAUAUCAGUUUUCAAGAUAUUAAUUAGAUAAAGAGAUAUUUGACCAUGCGUAAAAUUAGGUAAUGCACAAAUUAAGGUCACACCACCCAUACAUUAGAUUGUUCAUUCCGAAUUCACUGUUAACCAAGCAAGAACUUUAUACCCACAUCAUUAUUCACAUAACAUUAUUUUGCUCUCUUCUAGUACUUUGUGUCAUACAUGUACUUUGGUUUGUGUCCAAACAAUAUCAACUGGAAUAUAUUGUGGGUGCGUCGUGGUCUAGUGGUUCUGGCUCUCGCUUUUCAAACAGAGGGUCUUGGGUUCGAAUCCUAGCCAUGACGUGUUUUCCUUCAGCAAGAAAUUUAUCCACACUGUGCUGCACUCGACCCACGUGAGGUGAAUGGGUACCCGGCAGGAUUAAUUCCUUGAAUGCAUUAGAUCUGAAAUGCAGCUCAAGCGAAGGCCGAGGUGAUGAUAAUAAUAAUGACAGUGCGCCUUGAAAUAGAUUUUUUUCUAGAUAGAUGGCACUAUACAAAUGCCUAUUAUAAUUAUUAUUAUUGUUAUUAAUAUAUUCACUUAAUAAUGGGAGCACUUUUAAUAUGUAAAAGUGCUCCCAUUAAUCAUCCAUCCUGCAAUUUUACAAAUCAAUCAGGGAAAAAAAAUCAGGAUAAAAAUGUCCUGUGUUGAAUAAUGAAUGUUUCAAUAUUUUAUAUGAAUUAUUAUUUCUUUAUGUGCUUCACCCUAAUAGCGCAGGGUUGCAGAGCGUGAUCGGUUCAUCACGGACGGACAUUUGAUAGAUUUUGAAAACUUUGAAGGCUUGUAACAAAUUAGGAAUAAGAUGAACAUGGUUCCUUUGUGUUUUAUAGUGAAGGGUAGGACAAAGUAUGCAGAAUGAUGAAAAAAGUUUGUUGCCAUGGUUACCUACAAACAUAGGUAGCCACUAAAUGUGCCAUAUCACGGACGGACAUGAUAGAAAUGUGGUUUUCAGAAUUUUUGAACAUUUUUAUUGUUUCUAUCUAAAUAGCUUAACUUUGACCAAUAAUUGUUAAUGCAACUUACACUCAGGUAUGUUAGCUUCUAUGUUUAGCAUAUUGAAUUCUUAACCAAUAUCAAACUUCUGAGAGAAUUGCAAAUAUUUUCCAUCACGGACGGACAUCUCGGACGGACAUCACGGACGGACACAAUUAAAAUACAUUGGAAGUACCUUGUAAGAAGUUCGUAUUACUUGUUUGGGGGAACAAAUGCUAUUGUAUUGAUGAUUUGUACAUUUUUUAAUAUGAUUAAACAAUAUUAGUUGCACAAUCAAGUUGCUACAACUUGAUUUAAGUUGUAGCAACAUGAUUUCUAUGCUAGACACACAAGAUAAUCUAGCCAUAUGAUUGCUUUUAAACACAGUUCUUUUCAAAAUCAAAUAUCCUAAUGCACAUUGUCUUCUUUUCAAGUUAGAGAAUACUAUAGUUGGUACCAAAUCAACAUCCAGUGGAUUCAAUGAUCAUGUUGAUACUUUUUAUGAUAUAUCAUUAUCAUGAUGAUACAUGUUCAUACAUUUUUAGGCAUAAAUUUUCGAAGAGCACAGAUUUUUUUUAUGUCCAUUAACUAAAUCCAAAAGAUUCACAGGUUGCUGAUCAUUAUGCUUGUUUGGUGGAUCAAGUAUGACCACAACACUUGUCUAGGCUCUCUUCAAAUUCAUCUUUUGUCCAUACUAAAGUGGAGACACCCCUUCACAUCAACAGCCCUCAUGUAUUUAGGCCCUGACUGAAUCCAAAAUUGAAAUCAGAUACCAAUUAAACUUCUAAACACUGCAGUGCAAGCUUUAUAUGAAUUGUAUGCAAUUUCACAGAUUACCAGAUCAGCAAUUUGCUCAAAAUUAGCUCCAAAAUGGACUUAAAAAAAAAAGGAAUUCUUGUAUUUUUCACAAGCCUUAAGGACGUGAUGUCAUGUUCUAUUAGAAGCAUUGUGAGUCCAUAGGUUUGUACAUGGAAAAAAAUGAUGAUUUUUUUUUUUCUGCUUAUCAGAAUAUGCAUUCUACUUUCUUCUUUUCCAUCACUUUCUGCAAGCUUCAAUUGAUGAAAUAUACAGCUUUUGACUUAUUCUUGCUCUAUUUCAUUUCCUGCUUUUUGGCAUACAUGUAGCUUCCAACUCUAUCUGCAUUCCAAUUGUUUAAAAAAAAUUCCUGACAACAAUUAAGCCCCAAUAAGAGCCAAAGAAAGAUUUCACAAAAAAUUGUGAAGAGUUGUAGGUUUCCAUCCAUUUGAGUUCUGAAUAAUUCUCAGUACCAUUUUUCACUGCAAAUUGGAACUAAAAUUAAAUUCAUAAUCUGCUCAGUAUUUGCUCAUUGUCUGUCCGUGAUGAAAUUAAUGUCCGUCUGCGAUCAUUUUGAUUGAUUUAUGAUAUGGAUAAAAUGUAUGGAUUUUAGCUAUAUUCAAAUGAAAUGAUGUGCAGUGUCUAGUGAGAUACUUCUACACACUUUUAUUUUUGUUUCUAUUCUGAUAAAGAAUAAAAAGCUGAAUCCAUACAUAUUAUCCAUAUCAUAAACUCAAUAAAAAUGAUCACGGACGGACAUAAAUUUCAUCACGGACGGAAAUUUCAAAAUGGAAUGUUUACAUCUACCAGAAAAAUUUACUUCCCAUACUUUUUUUUUCUAAUUUAUGUUUGAUGAUAGAUUAAUGUUCAGAGUACAAGAAAAUCCAAACCAAAUUGGAGUAACUUUGAAAACAAUAAAACUAGAGUGAAUUGAAUUUGAGUGAAUUUACAUUGUCCGUCCGUGAUGAAAUUAAUGUCCGUCCGUGAUCAUUUUUGAUUGAGAUUAUGAUAUGGAUAAAAUGUACGGAUUUCAGCUAUGUUCAAAUAAAAUGAUGUACAGUGUUUAGUGAGAUACCUCUACACCUUUUUAUUUUAUAUUUCUAUUUUGAUAAAAAAUAAAAAAACUUUUUAUAUUUUUUUUCAUCACGGACGGAAAUUUCAAAAUGGAAAUGUUCACACCUACCAAAAAAAAUUACUUCCCAAUAUUUUUUUUAUACUAAUUUAUGUUUGAUAAUAGAUUAAUGUUCAGAGUGCAAGAAUAUCCAAACCAAAUUAGAAUAACUUUAAAAACAAUAAAACUAGAGAGAAUUUAAUUUGAGUAAAAAUGUCCGUCCGUGAUGAGAGGUAAUAGCACCCCCACGAAUAAAAUGGACUAUUCCAGUACUUUCGGAUUUAUCAAUCUUAAUGAAACUGAGUUCUUUGAAACCUGAGAUAUCAAAGAUUAUCUUAAAAGCAAUUUUGAUAGAAAUAUCUUUAAAAAAAAAUUUCACCUCAAUGCUAACCCUUAACCGAUCAUGCUCUGCAAUGUAUUUUCUAUUUGAUGAAUUUCUCAGAUGUUGGACAUUGAUUCAUUAUUAUAUUUGUCUAUAUGAUGCAUCAUUCAAAAAGUAUUUUUUGCUUUAAUAGGAGUUGAUUUGAGGAUGGGAUUUUUAUAGGAAGACAGGCUGCAUCUGGAUACCUCCACGUACAUGUAAUACUGUACAUGUACGUGAACUAUGUAUGAAUGAGGGGGGGGGGAUCGAUGAUUGUAAAGAUCAUACAUGUACAUGAUAUUUUCAUGUUUUAGCAGCGUAGGCAUUAAGACGAUGGACGAUUUUGCCCUCGUGACCGCCCUAAUCGCCCCUAUAAUUUCACCAAUAUGUAUACUUUGGGGCAACCGUUCUUUCUAGAUUCGCCCAAAGAUCGGUCACAAUCAAUAUUCAAGAUUGUUUAGAAAAUCAAUAUUAUAACUCUCGAGAUAUAUGGCAGAAUAAUGAUAUUUUCUUUUAUACUGCAUAAUAAUGCAGUAUAAAAAAGUAGCCUUUAAAAUGAAAGAAAUUGCCCCCAAAAUUCUGCAAUCACCCUAAUGUGCAAAACAAGAUAGCCCCUUAAAAAAUAGAAAUUACAUGUAUUUCCUACCCUGUGUUUAGAAUCCUAUUUAUAUAUACGGUAUGCACUGUCGCUACACUACAUAUAUAUGCUGAUUUGCUUUUCAGUGAAUUAAUUUGGUGCUAGUCUCUACUACUCCGUAGCAAACAAUCAAACGUUCUCUGAUCAUCCAGGCUUGAAGAAUUUUUAAACAAAUAUUUCUUUUUAAAUUACCCAUGAUAGAAUUUUUUUGGGAAAAAUCUACAUUGAUUUGUGCAUUUCUACGUCAUUAUCAGAAUGAUAGGAUAUUUUGGUGUACCCUCAGAAUUUCUCUAGUACUUCUCAGUACAACAUUCUACAUACAUUUACAUGACCUUGCUGUUUCAUUAUUUAGAUUUUUUCCUGAAAGCUUGUUUGGGUAUACAAUGCAUGUAUGUAUGCUACAUGUAUGAUGCGUGUACACUGCACAUCCUCACACAAGCUAGGUACAAGAUAUACAAAAUUCAUACAAUUUUCUUCAGGAACUUGGUUGCUAUGUAACUUACAUGUACACAAUGAAAUAAUUGAAGCUUCUUGGGUAGACCUCCAUCAGACAAAUCCUUGCAAUUAAUUACAUUGUACAAAUCUGAGACUGCAGUCUAGCUCAUAAAUUAUUGAAGCUUCUUGGGUCUCCAUCAGACAAAACUUUGCAAUCAAUUACAUUGUACAAAUCUGAAACUGCAAUCUGGCACAUAAAAUAAUUGAAGCUUCUUGGGUAGACCUCCAUCAGACAAAUCCUUGCAAUUAAUUACAUUGUACAAAUCUGAGACUGCAGUCUAGCUCAUAAAUGAUUGAAGCUUCUUGGGUCUCCAUCAGACAAAACUUUGCAAUCAAUUACAUUGUACUAAUCUGAAACUGCAAUCUGGCACAUAAAAUAAUUGAAGCUUCUUGGGUAGACCUCCAUCAGACAAAUCCUUGCAAUUAAUUACAUUGUACAAAUCUGAGACUGCAGUCUAGCUCAUAAAUUAUUGAAGCUUCUUGGGUCUCCAUCAGACAAAACUUUGCAAUCAAUUACAUUGUACAAAUCUGAAACUGCAAUCUGGCACAUAAAAUAAUUGAAGCUUCUUGGGUAGACCUCCAUCAGACAAAUCCUUGCAAUUAAUUACAUUGUACAAAUCUGAGACUGCAGUCUAGCUCAUAAAUUAUUGAAGCUUCUUGGGUCUCCAUCAGACAAAACUUUGCAAUCAAUUACAUUUUACAAAUCUGAGACAGCACUGGUACAUGUAUGCACUUUUUUUAUAGCCAAAUGCACUACAUUUUAUAGAGAUGCCAGUCUUUAGGAUUUUGCCUGAAUUCGGGUCCUGACUGACAACUUCCCAUGUACAUGUAGGUCUUUUCAGACUUUGUAUUGUACAGUACAGUACAUACAUGUAUGGGGGCUUAAACAUGCUCUGGCUUCUUUUUAAGCCCAGUGAGUCAAACUGCUAUGUAAAUUUCUACAUUUUUGUAAUAAUCGUAAUUGGUAUUUUGUGAUCAAUUGCAAAUAUUUGUGUUUUAUGUUGGCAUGAUCUACAUGUAUCCAUGUGGUUCGAUAGAAUGAAGCUUGGACAGUACAUUAGUACACCAAGGAAUUUGCACUGCUUAUAAUUAGACAGGGGUGGAUCCAGGAUUUUCCAUAGGGGGCUUUGGGCCCUCCUUUAAAAAAAAAAACUUGUCCAAGAAAAAGAAACAAAGGUUAUCACUCACCACUCACUGAAAUGAUUUUCCCACUAAAAAAAAAUCACAAGCCCUCCCCCCAAUUAAAAACUCUUAAGGGAGGGUCUAGGCCUGUGACCCCCCCCCCCCAUUCCUGCAUUCAUUUUGUAGUUGACUUUUAUAUGUGCAUGUAAUUCUGCAAAUUGCAGAAGCUACUUGUACAUGUAUACCUUCCAUUGGUAUAAUUGAGUAGGCAGUUCCUUUUUGAUAGCUUGAUGUAUCUUUGCACUUGCUUUUAUUAAUCAUUAUAGAAAGCUUCGCUUGGCUCGUAAAUGGCGGUGCCAGAAAAUCUGGUAAGACAAGAUAGGAAGGGCAACCCUUGGCCCUUAUUCUGAAGUCGGUACAAUCAUGGUCGAGCUCUGUACUACAAUUAUGGAAAGCCGUGAAUGUCAAAAUUUUGUUUACAUUUUUAUGUUAUGCUUACUCUGCUCCUUUCUAAUACUUUAAUGGUGAAAACGGUGACACAAUAUUUGCUCCGGCAAUAUUUUGUUUAAGAUAUAGGGUUAGGGUUGCAAUAGGGUUUUAUGUUAGGUUUAGGAUAUGGUAUAGCAUUAAACCCAGGGUUGAAGUUGGUCAUUUCGUUAGUGUGCUUUUAGUGAGCUUUUCACAAAACAGAUGGUCAGUGAAAAUUGUUAUAAGCUCCUGCGAAUCCAUGAAUCUGAUUGGCUUAGAGCAAAACAGUAUGAGAAAAUCACUGACAAAUAAAACCCUCCCCUGUUUUAUACCCUAUAAAGGAGGGGAUAGAGAAAAUAUCUCUGAGGACGUGUACGCAUUAAUCAUGUAAUUCCUCUCGAGUUCAUUGUACUAUCUAGGAUUUUAAGGGUAUUAUUUUUUCUUGGGUAUUGCAUUACCAUUAAAUUCAAAUUGCUGCACAUUUGAAUCAAUGAAGUACUUUCCCCGACAUGUAAUGUAAGGUCAGUAUUUAAAGCACUUUUCUUGUCAAAAUAUUGUAUUGUCAUGCACCAACAAUUGCCAAAUGUUAAGUCUUGCUGUUAUGUUCACAUUUAUCUAGUAAUACUUCUUAUAUUUUUGUGUAUGUGAUAAAAAUGUUCUUAAUUGUAUUUGUACAGCUUUAUGUAUGAAUUGUAAAUCUUGAUUGUACCGUUCAAUUUUGGAAAGAUAAUAAUCAUGUGUUUGUGUUUAUGGCAAUAUUUGCAAUUUUGAAACUUUGAUCAUAAUGCAGCCUUUAUGGAGGAUUUGGACUGGGAUUUUUGAAGAAUGAUCACGUGUACAGUAAGGUGUGGCAUUGACAUGUAGCUAAUAUUGCCUUGGAAAUAUUUCUUUUAUAUACUAUAAUAUGCUAAUGCUUUUCUAACAAAUUUUUAUCUUUCCACAAUCAAUUUGGUUUUUACCUUGUGAGCUUCGCCCACACGUUCUGCAGGCUUCUUCAGACUAACGCUGACCCGACGUAGAUGGGGUAGUAUCGGCAGCGCGAAAGUCCGUGCUAAUGCACCACAUGUUUCCAUGAAAAAAUAUUUGUCUUUGAAUGUUUGCAAAUUAAUGUACACAUGUAUAGUCGACAGUACUGGCACUCAAUUGUGAUGAUUAAAUAUUUCCUCAUUUCAGAAGCAUCAUUUCAAAGUUUAGGUCCUUGACAUUGUGAUAUACAUGUAUCUGUCAAACCUUAAAUGCAUAGGGCAAUUAUGACCACUCUUAUGAUCGGGGGGGGGGGGGGGUGACAUCAUGGCACCGCUCUUUCGUAAAGAGUAGGGAAGUUAUCCCGGGGAAGUAGUUAACGUAUUAAUUUAUUACUGAUGAUCACUUAUUUAUAAUCCCGUUCCUUUGUAAAGUUGCAUUAGGGUAACUUGUACUGUAUUAUAGUAACCUUUCCAGAUUAACUGUCCGACACUUAUAUGACACGCAUGUGUUGAUAGUGUCGUUAAUUUGUUAUCAAUCAAUCAAUCAAUUUAUCAUUCAUGUAGAUACACUCUAUAUUUUCAAUGUAAACCCUUUUCUACUUCAUGGUAAUGUAUUAUACACCUGUAGAUUGUUUCAGAGAUUUUGAUUUUUUUUAAUUUGUUUAGGAUUUUUUUUUUGCAUUUAUUUUCUUGUUGUUUGGGGGGGGGGGAUGAAGACAUAAACGAUUAUUGAGAUCUAUGAGAAAAUCAAUCUAUUUUAGAUCUGGUAAUGUAUUUUACACAAAAGGUGAUGUCAGAGAUCUCAACUGAGUUAAUAGAUCUCUUUCCACUAACACGCAGAAGAUAAUAUCAGAGAUCAUGACUUUUUUUUCUUCAGUAUUUACUGUUUUUUUAAAUAUAAAAAAUACCAAUUUCAUUUAAUAAUAUGCAAUGAGCGCGCUGGUUACAUCAUUUCCCGACUUAUUCUUUUGUGUUUUACAUUUGUUCUCUAGGAAUAUAACAAUAAGAUUGAAUAUUGAAUUAUGUGUAUUAUAUCAUUGCUGAAACUUAUUUAGUUACAAAGGAGACAUGUUUAACUCCAAUGUAUGAAAAUAUGAAAUCAUGAUUCCAUGUAUUGCAUAUUCAUGAUGGCAUGCAUAUAAAUGUUUUCACAAAAUAUUGCUAACUUUUAUGUUAACAAACGUUAUUUGUUAUCAGAUUUUGAUAAAAUUUUCAGUAUUUUACUCAUAGAAUUUCUAUAUAUACAGUAUUUAAAUAUUAUUUUCAGCUGUAUUAAUUUCCCCUUUGAUCUGUAAUCAUGUACUAAUCAUAGCUUUUUAGGUAGUUUUUAGUUAUACAUCAAAUGAUGCAAUAUUCAUUGAACACUGACAUUUAUAUAACUUGUUUUGGAUGUGUUGGCCAAUGUGUUGGCUCAGUUGGUAGAGCGUCCGUCUCACAACCGGGAGGUCGGGGGUUCAAACCCCGGCGGCGUCAGACCAAAAGACGUUAAAAGAUGGGAGUUGCUGCUACCCUGUUUGGCGUUCAACGAUUAAAGGGAUAGAGCCUCGUCGAUCUGGCACUGCACAGCGGCUGCCGGGCCCACGAUCAAUUGGGCAAAUCAAAUUUUCGGAGUAUUUCAUGUCUAUAUCGAACAAUAAAAUAUGGAUUUUCAUGUGUGCUAUCAUUUUGCAGCUAGUCUUUAAAGGGGAAGUUUACCCUGAUGAAAAUUUCGUUGUAAAAAUUCCAGGAAAAAUUAUUAAAAAAAUAUUGGUAUUAUAUGGUUGAGAAAAAUCCAUGACAUAUUAAGAAAGUUAUUAGAAUUUCAAGUUUUUGAUUUGUGACGUCACAAACAAGCAGCUGCCCUACAUGUAUAUGUAAUGCAGUAUAAAAUGCAUAAAUUUCAUUUUUUUAAUGGUACGUGAUGACUUAUUUUUCAUUUUCUUUUUAGGAGCGGAUGUGAAAUGACUUAUGUAUUGAUAUACUGAAGGUACAAUGAAAAUCAAUUUCAAUUUUCUGAGAAAAUGACAUUUCAUUGAUUUUUUUUAUCAUUUGAUAUGUAGGAAAGCUGCUCGCAUAUGACGUCACAAAUCAAAUUAAAAUUCUAAUAAUUAUCUUCUUCUUUGAUGGAUUCUUCUCAACCCAUCGCCAAUAUUUUAUGUUUUUCUGCUAUUUUUACAAUAAAAUUUUUGUCAGGGUGAACUUCCCUUUAAUUUAUGCAUUCUAAACCCUUCAUCCCCCC